AUGUUUCUUUUCUCGCUUGUCGCUCCUUGCGCUCUUCUAUACUUUGGUCUUGCUCAGGCGGAAGGGACAUAUUCUUCCAGUAAACCAGUCACGACAACAAAGGUGGCUGUUGGAGCAAACGGCCAUGUGUUCACACCAGAAGUGAUAACAGCUGCGGUUGGAGACAUCAUAGAGUUUCAAUUCUACCCAUUAAAUCACUCUGUCGCAAGAUCGGAUUUUAAACAACCCUGUAUACCAUAUGAAUUUUCGGGACCUUCACGCUCGGGAUUUUGGUCGAAGUUCUUUCCUCUUAAUGUUAUUGCUACAAGUCCACCCACGUUCCAAGUUCGAGUAAAUGAUACAGAACCAAUCUUCUUCUACUGCUCUGCUCCUGAUGCGUGUCGAGAUGGAAUGGUCGGCGUCAUCAAUCCGAAUGCUACUCAAACCCUCGACGUCCAGAAGAAGUUUGCCGCAAAUGCAUCUUACGACUUCUCUCCUGGAGAGAACUUCCCUGCUGAGGAAUCUGCAAGCCGUUCAUCAAUUCUAGCCACCGCUACAGCGACUGGCCUCUCACAAGCUGCUACCACGACUGCCACCACGACUGCCACCACUGCUGCUUCUGCUGAAUCUCACGGUCACCCUCUAGCAAUAGGUACAAUUGCUGGGAUCGUUAUAGGUGGCGUGGCUUUAUGUUUUCUAGUCGGUGUCUUGAUCUAUUGGUGUGGUCGACAGCGAACGAUAUCCGAGAUAAUUCAGACACAAAAUCAUAAGGAGGAUCAUAUCGAGAAGGGCCAUAUGUCUAUGGGGUCUCCAGGCUAUUCUGCCAAAUCGCCCGUGGGUUUAGCUCAUUACUCGAGUCAUAAUGACAGGUACCCAAGCACAAUGGAAAAUGAAGGUCGACAAAGUGCUAGACCAGCAGUUGAUGAACAUGGAGACCUUGCUUCACCAACUCGAAGUUUACCAGCAGUUGUGUCAAAUCAACAAAGAUCACAGGAUCGACAACCGCCGUAUAGUAGCAUAGUGGCCAAUGAUAUUGGGCACCAGCACAGCCCAUCGAUCAAUGGCAGUCCAAGGAGCGAGGUACACGGUGGUGGGUUCCAACCAAUGACGACGGAUGUGGAUGUACCGGUAGGGCUCAGGAUCAAUCAUAGGCCCUCACAAUAUGGACCUCACGAAUUAGCUGGCGAUGCGAGAAUUCCGCAGAUGAUGGAGCAAGCACCACCAUACCGUUAUGAGAAACGAUGA